AAUGCUGACCCAUGCUGCAUCGCAAAUCCCAAAAUGCUUUGCAGCUGCAGUGCCAAGAGUCAGGGAGUUAGCAUGUAAGAGAUGGGGACUUUGAAUGGGUGGUCGAGUGAGACUGCAAAAAAGUAACAGGGAGAGAGUAGGAGUGAGAGGAAGACAUAGGGAGAUUUAAAAGAGAGAGCGAUAGGGGGGUUGCGAAAUCAGAACAGGAAGGAGGCAGAGAAACUGAAUGAGAGAGAGAGAGAGAGAGAGAGAGAGAGAGAGAGAAUGGUAUCAAUGAGGACUUGAGGGGAGAGGCUUAGCCGAAGUGAUUUGAUCCGCUCCUGUUCAUUCACUAAUCCCUGUGUGGAGUGUUAGUUGGAUAUGAGUCGUCAUCUCUUUUCUAGCUUAGUCUCAGUGCUCAAAUCCCUGCACUGCUACACACAGAGAGCUGGAGCAUCACGAGGUGUCAACAUGUGGGCUGGAUAUUGCUGACCGGUUAAUGGUAGGAAUUUUGCGAGUGUGUGACUGUGUCUGCUGCUGCAGGCAAAGAGAGAGUGUGAGAGCUGUGUGAGAGCUUUAGGAUGGCCAGUGAAAGCUCUACCAUUCCAAGCCCUGUGGUGCGUCAGAUCGACAAGCAGUUCCUGAUCUGUAGCAUAUGCCUGGAUCGCUACGACAACCCCAAGGUCCUCCCUUGCCUCCACACCUUCUGCGAAAGGUGCCUGCAGAACUACAUCCCGGCCCACAGCCUGACGCUGUCGUGCCCUGUGUGCCGCCAAACUUCCAUUCUGCCAGAAAAAGGUGUGGCGGCCCUGCAGAGCAACUUCUUCAUCACCAACCUGAUGGAGGUGCUGAAGAGGAGCCCGGACAGUGGCCGUGGAGACGAGCACGCAGGACUUGACUCCAUUGAUGCUGUGGCUACAGGACAGCCACUCUCUUGCCCCAACCAUGGAGGCAAUGUGAUGGAGUUUUACUGCCCACCAUGUGAGACAGCCAUGUGUGAGGAGUGCACCAGUGGAGAGCAUGCAGAACAUGCUACAGUCCCACUCAAAGACGUCCUGGAACAGCAUAAAGCCUCCCUGCAGGAGCAGUUAGAUGCAGUCAAAAAGAGACUUCCGGAGAUCGAUUCUGCCUUGCAGGUGCUAUCGGAGGUCCUGCAGCAGCUGACCAAUCAGAAGAGCUCAAUCGAGGAAGACAUUCAUGCCACCUUUGAUGAGCUGCAGAAGACACUCAAUGUACGCAAGAGCGUCCUGCUUAUGGAGCUGGAGGUCAACUAUGGGCUCAAACAGAAAGUACUGCAGACGCAGUUGGCCUCUCUGCUGCAGGGUCAGGAUGGCAUGCGCAGCAGCUGCAGUUUCACUGAGCAGGCUCUGAGCCAUGGCUCUGAGGCUGAGGUUCUGCUCGUGAAGAAGCAGAUGAGCGAGCGCCUGGGCGAACUUGCCAAUCAGGAGCUGCCCCUGCGGCCAGAGGAGAACGGCCAGCUGGAGUUUCUGGCUGAGACGGAGGGCCUGAGGAAGUCCAUCCACAACCUGGGCGCUAUCGUCACCACCAAUGCCAUCGCUGGAGAAACAGUAGCUACAGGCGAAGGCCUGCGGCACUGCACUGCUGGGCGGCCCACCUCUAUCACCAUAACAACCAAGGAUAAGGAUGGCGGUCUGUGCCGGACAGGUGGUGCCCAGCUGACGGCUGAGCUGAUUGGGGCGGAAGACGGGGCCCCAGCUGGCGAAGGAGAGCUUGUAGACCACAAGAACGGCACUUAUGAGUUCCCGUACACACUGCCUCACGAGGGACGUUUCACACUGUCUCUAAAACUGUACGGACACCACAUCCGCGGGAGCCCAUUCAACAUCCGCGCCACCAAAGCUGCUGACCCCUCAGCCAAUGCUGAUGGGGCCAAAAAGAGGCUGAAGUCACCAGGCAGUGGCCACGUCAAGCAACGUGCCAUCAAACGGCCUGCCAGCAUGUACAGCUCAGGCAGGAGGAAGGAAAAUCCCAUCGAGGAUGACCUUAUGUUCCGAAUAGGGACCAAAGGAAGAAAUAAGGGAGAAUUCACCAAUCUGCAGGGAGUGGCAGCUUCCAAUUUUGGAAGAGUCUUAAUAGCAGACAGUAACAAUCAGUGUGUUCAGAUAUUUUCUAAUGAUGGGCAAUUCAAAAGUCGCUUUGGAGUGCGGGGCCGGUCGCCAGGGCAACUUCAGCGGCCCACUGGAGUUGCUGUGCACCCCAACGGUGACAUCAUCAUUGCAGACUAUGAUAACAAAUGGGUCAGUAUUUUCUCCAGUGAUGGCAAAUUUAAGACUAAGAUCGGCUCAGGGAAGCUUAUGGGUCCAAAAGGUGUGUCGGUUGACCGGAAUGGCCACAUCAUCGUGGUGGACAACAAAGCCUGCUGUGUAUUCAUCUUUCAGCCGAAUGGCAAACUUGUCACCAAGUUUGGCAACCGUGGUAAUGGAGACAAACAGUUUGCAGGUCCUCAUUUUGCAGCAGUCAACCAGAAUAAUGAAAUCAUUCUAACUGAUUUCCAUAAUCAUUCUGUGAAGGUAUUUAAUCCAGAAGGAGAGUUCCUGCUGAAGUUCGGCUCCAACGGGGAGGGAAAUGGCCAAUUUAACGCCCCCACAGGAGUUGCAGUGGACGUCAAUGGCAAUAUCAUAGUAGCUGACUGGGGCAACAGCAGGAUACAGGUGUUUGACGGUAGUGGCUCAUUCCUUUCCUAUAUCAACACCUCAGCGGACCCGCUCUACGGCCCACAAGGACUGGCCCUCACCUCCGAUGGCCAUGUGGUGGUGGCUGACUCGGGGAACCACUGUUUCAAAGUCUACCGUUAUCUCCAAUAGGACUGUCCCUGUCCCCUUAUCCCUCACUUGCCCGAGAAACAGACGUUUGUACUCAUCUUCCAGGACGAUGACACCUCUCUCUGUGCCAUACAACACCCUCAGGUCACGGCACCACUUCCCUAUGCACCUGUUCCUUUUGAUCACUAAGAUUUGAAACAGCCUUUGUACUACAUGUCCCUUGAUUUGGAUGACAUACAUGGAGGGAGCUGUCAGCAUGUGGAUGUCUUGAGUAUAUCCUGGGAGCUGAUACUGAAAUAGUGCUUGGUAGAAUGCAGUUUUGGAGUUUUGGAGAAAGAAACAAACAAGAGUUUAAGCUUUGAGGCUGAUUACUGAUAGAGCCAGUAACAUUUUCAGUGAUUCUUUGAAUAGUUCACAUGAUCACUGCUCACUGAUAUGCUUUUGGGAAAUUAGUCCCUGACUUUAAAACAGUUCUCCACAAGGGCCAGCCUUGUUUCACCUGUUUUACCCACAGAUACCACUCUAUGGGCUGGAUUUCUGACCACAGAUUAAGUCCUGAGGCCUGUCUCACGAAGCAUGUUCAGUCAGAGUUCCUGAAUAAGUUUCAGUUUUACCGCACCUAACAAAUGCAGGCACGGUUAACUCAUUUUAUAGUGGAAUUUAACAGCCCAGUCCCCAAACAGCACGAUUACAAUGAUGCAGUCCACACUUGCCCGUGCAUGUGUGAACAGCCUAGCUGUAAGGUGUCACGUGUCACAUUUUGCCAUUUAAAAGGUGGCUCAGGAGCACCUGUUGCUGUACAUGCAGAGCUUGCAUGUUGCACAAGUCUAUCCCAACAUGCAGAAAAAGCUCUGUCAAGGCUUUUUGGUCUGCGCAUUGUUGAUGUCACCAAAGUGUAGACUUUAAAUAUAUAGAAAGACAGUUCAUAGUAGACAGUUGUCACUGUCGCUGUGUUAACUUUGGUACCUUUUGAAAUUACAAUAAUUGCUUAAUAUUUUGCAUAAAGCAAUAUUGCAUAAUUGGUUGUUCAGCCCAAAUGCAACAAAGAAGUGAAUUGGUUGGAGUUGUGGUUUUCUCCCUUUCUAAUGUUGCAUAUGUAUAUAAACAAGUUUAAAAGUUGACUUGCAGCACUUGGCAAAAAAAAUAUGACCUAGAAAGGAGCAGAGGGUCAACCUCCACUGUUAGGCUGGCACAGUUUGGUCCAAGAGCUGUUUACGAUUCACAAUCUUGAGCAUAACCUGCUCAGAAAAGCCAGUGCUAGAUCAGGCUAAGUUUGAAGUUAGCCAGCUAAGCAAGAAAUUUGGCUUUGUGAAACAGGCCUCUGUUCUAAAAGUAAUCUCUGUACAAAAACACAUUUUACUGUUCACCUGAUUUAGACCGUCUAAGAGGAACUUGAACACUGUGUUUUAGGGUCAUCUAAAAGGGUUAAAAAAAUUUAAAAAAUAUUUGAUGCACUUAAAUACAAGCAUAAUAUUUCAAGGGAUGUAACUGCAUCUACACAAAGCAAAACGCACAUACAGCCUCACAGGGUCACAGUUGGUUGGGAUGAUUGUGGACAAAAAAUAUCUUAACAGUUCUUAACUUUGUCAUCUUGUCUGUUUCACUGUGUAACCCACAAAAAAGGGAGUGUCUCUGUGAUUCAAGCAUGUAGGUCUUUGUAAUGUUUACCCUAUAAUAUGCAACAAGAAAGGGAAGCACUUAAUGAAAAAUGCGUUAAAACUAAAAAAAGAAACUCUUUGGCUUAAGGUGUUUUUUUAUAAGGCCAUAAACUCAGUUUGUAUUUAAUUUGUUGAACCUUUUUCCUCCUUACUGUGUGUUUUUUGUCCCUCAGUGCUGGAUGUCUUAAUCUGUCAGAUCAAUCCACCAUUAUGCUGUAAAAUACUGAAGUCUUAGAAACUUUUAUCACCAGUUCUUCUUGCUUAAUGUGUAAUGGUGCAACAUCUCAGGCCACUGUUAAUAUCUGAGGCAGGACAAAACCGACGUUCAUUCACUUUACUAGAAGUGAAACAUCUCAAGACUGCGGUCAUUGUGGCCUACUGCGUUUGUUACAUGUGAAAAUCAACCUGUGGUCGUUUUUUAUGUACAUUGGCGUGUCAUUUUCCUUCUGCGCACCUAACCACGAUGCCAAAUGAAUCAAAAGUGCCCAUAAUGUUGACUCUUUGUCGUUUUCCAGUGUGCUCACUUGGAAUAGUUUAGGAAGAAUCGUCCUAGUCGCAUGUUUUUUGCCGUAUGCUGACAAGCCCCUCCUCCUCCAUUCCGAUUGGCUGGUAGUAUCACGUGCUGCUUUGGUGCCCUGCUUACGAUCUCCCUGACGAACUGUUAGCCAAUAGAGAUCUGAGGUUGUGCAUUAUUUUGGAUCCUCUGAAUCAUGAGAUUUUUAUGCAUUCGAAAUAUGAAUAAUGCUACGGGAAAGCUAACACUUCUGUACAUUAAAUAAAUUGUAUAAAUUGUAUGAAACUGGAAUACUAGCAAAGCUAGCAAAACUAUUUUACACUUCUCGCUACUCUACAUUGUAGCCCGUUACUGCCAAAGCCACACAAAGCUCGCUGGUUUGGGUGGGGUAUUUUGAUGAGGUUGCUAGUUUUGUGAUGUACUAGCUUUCUUGAAACAUUCAGUAUUUCAAUUACUUAACAACCUCAUAAUUCAGAGGACUCGCUGAUGUUUGAGGGAAGAUAAACCAUCUUUGGAAAUUCUUUGGAAACUUUGAGAACGCCCUUAAUUUUUUUUUAGAGAUAAAGGAGGUGGGGUUUGUUGGAAUAUGAGAUGGGGGGGGGGACAUGCUAACUGAGCACCUUUUUGCUCUUUCUGCUUAACGCAUAAGCUUACAUUUUCAUUCUCUAGCUUUAUGCUUAUGUACAGCACCGUCUUAACGUGGUGUCUCUCCAUACAUUCCAAAACUUUACAGCAGACACUGCACACACGCUCUUCAUUCUGCACAGCACUCAUCUGGCAGAUGUGUGCUACAUUUGACAGUGUGGCCUGAAUGCUUUGGUCAUAUGGUCACUUUUUCUUUUAUCUUUGCUCAACAUGAUGUACAGCACAUGAAUAAAAAUUAUUUGGCCAAAAGAAAA